CGUUACCAACGCCUGAAAAUAUGGUUCGGCAAACGACGCCGUUGGAUCCACCUCGCGGAACUCAUUUUCGCGCCCAAUUCCAUGCAACAAACCAGCAGAGUAUAUUCCGGGAGCCGAUGCCUUCUUUCUGUUCGUACUCGAGCUGUUAGACUCCAUAGCCGUUUCGCGAAAUUAUACUCUCAAUUCCGAAAACAAGUAUGGUGGUGAUCGCAGACGCCGUAUCCGCCAUGGCGGCGAUAAAAGCAUGGAGGCCGACAUUUCGCAAUGCGGCGGACAAGGUCGUCUUCGCCGUUCACGCCACCUUCUUCGCUUCCGGAUUCUACCUUAACGCCACCGGCGCCCCUGCUUUCGACCUCGACACUUUCGCCUCACCUUCAACCACCGAUGAGGUAGGCAUUGAAAAUUGGAACAUCUUCGAGUGCCAGUAUGCAUUUAUGUAUUCAAACUCAAAUCCAGAUGGUGGCUCGAACAGAGUGAAAGUUCUAUGUCUUGUAGAGGAUCAUAAAGUUCGGGUUGUUGCAAUGAGGCAUGGUGACAGAACACUUUAUGAACUUAAACUGAAAGUUCAUGACUAUGUUGAGAAUGGAGGCAGCGAUUAUCACUCACAAUAUAAGAACUUUGAGUAUCUGGUCGAGGAAAUCAAACAGGUUGUGAUGAAGUAUAUUGACUCUUCUGCCAUAGAAUCAUCCUCUAGGACCUCCACUUAUCUGUCAAGAUUUGAAGAUGUUUGGCAUAGUCCCGCUGCUGUUUACUGGUAUGGAUAUAUCCAAUGUAGGCAGUGUCACCACCUACUGCCUGUUUAUGUGCUAGGAUACCUGGCUCUGCCAUUUCCUGGCAUUAGGGGGAUGAACAACUCUCGUGGACUUCAUACUAUAAAUUUCCUUCCCAGUCAUGCUGUAUUCCCAUAUUAUGGCGUGAGUGGCUUCGGCAUUUUCCCUGGACCAUAUGAUGCUGUGUAUUUCAUACCCAGAUUCCUGGCUCUUCCAGUUCCUAUAAUUUGGGGGAACAAUAAUUUUCAUCGCCGUGGUACUGGAGUUUUCCUUCCCAGAGCCUAACAAUUUUGGAUGGGCUACGUGGUGAUGAUGCUCUCAUUUGACUUGCAAGUAUAAUUGAUGAUGAUCCUGAUUGAUCCUUCAGGAGCACAUGGCUUACCAAUUUACAUCUGCAAAAAAAGUGUGUAGAUAACCUGAACUAGUAGUUGCAGAUUGAUUUUCUUGAGGCCGUAACUGUAAAUAGUACACUACUUGGGCGGUGUGGUUUGAACUAAAAGCCAAAUGUUAAC